UGUUCUUUGUUUGCCGUUGUUUGUCAUGCAUAUGGAGGCGGCUUAAUAGAAAACUGUGCUAUUGGUAUUAUAAACAUAAAAAAAUGAGUACCCAACAAGAAAAAUACAUAGGCUUGAAUAAGAUUGCAACUAACAAUACGAUAACCAUUAUAAAUUACUUCAUCAAAAAAAUACUUCAAUUAUUAGAAAUAACUGUGUGUAAUUCUAGUGAUAACUUUGUGUGUGUCAACAUUCAUGUCAUGUCAUUUCACUGUCACUGUCUACAAACAGGUGACUUUAUUACCUAACUUAAAACCUCGAGAGGGAUUCAAGCUUAAUUUUAGACGCUAUUUAAAUAAUAAACGAAUGUACAAUGAUUCCGAAACGGUUAUUACAUAUAGCUCAACUUAGUGUAGUGGGAUUAGCUGGUUAUUAUAUAGGACAAAACGAAAAGCCCGAAAGCAAGGAGUCUGUGUUGGUCAAUGGAAAAUUCAUUAGUAGCAAACCAGGAUUGCCGAUAUUCGGGACAGUAUCUGCAGCAACACCGUUUACAGAUAGUGGCGCUCCUAAAGAUAGGGUAUCCCAAAUAAUGAAAUAUGGAUUUCCUAGUCUUGACAAUGUUCGCUCAUACGAUGAUUUUGUCCUGUCAUACGACCGUCGCAACCGGGUGCCUCAUUGGGUGUUCGAGCAUAUAACCAAAGAGCAUAUAAAGAAGAAUCAGUCAGUGGAUAGAAGCAAAUGUGACUUCACCCCUGAUGAAAGUAUACAUCCAUUCUUCAGAUCCCAGAACACUGACUACAGAGGGUCAGGGUUUGAUAGAGGGCACAUGGCGGCUGCCGGAAACCAUCGGCUCGCUCAGAAACACGUGGAACAAACAUUCUUUCUAACGAAUAUGGCGCCACAGGUCGGCGAAGGAUUCAAUCGUCACGCCUGGAACACACUAGAAAAGCACGUGCGAAAGUUGACUAAGGUCUACGAAAAUGUAUAUUGUUGCACGGGACCCUUGUAUCUGCCUAGGAAGGAAUCCGAUGGCAAAUCUUAUGUAAAAUAUCAAGUGAUUGGCGCCAACACGGUGGCAGUUCCCACACAUUUCUACAAGGUAGUGGUGGCGGAGACUUCCGACGGAACGCUGGACUUGGAAUCGUAUGUUAUGCCCAAUCAGAAGUUACCUGAUGAUACGCCCGUCUCUUGUUAUAUGGUACCACCGGAGACUAUCGAAAAAGCCGCGGGUCUAUUAUUCUUUGACAAAAUACAUAGAAGUAAAUUGAAUAGAAUAAAUGGGAAAAAGGUAUAAAUCUCAAGUUUUCUUGUAAAAACACAUACCUUUACUAAAUAGGUAUGUGUUACUGCCAUACUUAUGUAGGUCUAGUUUAAGUUUUUUAACAAUUUUAAAUAAUGACUUGUGAUA